AUAAUGUCACAACAGAGUGACGUUCUUCCAGCCUUACAUUCAAGUACUGAAGUAGAAUUAAAUGAUUUCGGUGUUUUUGUUUUUAACGAAAAAGCUUUUCCAGUCUCGCUUGUGUCUUCCUUGCAAGGGACCAAGCUAAAGUCACCGGGUAUUGAAAAGAAAGAAGCAAAAGUACUUAAACAGUUUCAACAUAUUGAUAAAGAAGCCUGUUGGUUAAAAGCAGACGCAGUGAGAGGCAGGGAUCCAAGUCGUUGGCGUCGUGACUUGGCAGGGAAUGUGAUUUGUAAAAAGUUGAGAGGUUGCAGAGGACCUUUCUGCAUGGAUUUUGAUCACGUUGUACCCUUGAGUAAAGGUGGCGAAAGCGUCUUGGACAAUUGUCAGGUUCUCCAAACAACAGCCAACCGCCACAAAGGUGACCGCCUCGUAGAACCAACUACGGAUAUCAAAAAGUAUUACAAAGAAAUUUCUGAUAGGCGAGUAUUGCCUUUACAAAGACAUCUUGAUAUUGUGGAGUUCUAUGUAUAUGGAGGUUCGUUUUCAAGAUUGUUUUUGGAAAGUAACUUGACUCUUCGUUAAGAUGUUAUCCGUCAUGGAAGACGAUAUUAUGGACUACCACUACCAACUUAUGAUUCAUUUUGUCCUGUGAUGUGAAAUGGUAAACAAAUAUCUUUUCAAAUAGUGGUGUGUAGAAUAUUAUAUUAUGUCCUUGAAACUCUGAUUUUUC